GCGUUUGGAAGACAGACCUUUCUUGAGRUUUUUACUACAUUAUUAGCGAGACUGUUUCUUCGCAAAUCGGGUUGCGAUUUCUUGCUUCUUUGAUGUUCUAUCAGAUAUGGAGUUUGUGGAUCUAAAAGGAAGAUUUUUUCACCGUGUUYAUGUUCUCUUUGCUGUUGCUUUUCUGUUAGGCUCUCUAAAGGAAUCCAAUGCCCAAAUUACCUUUGUAGAGGAACCUCAAAAUACUAAAGUAAUCGCUGGAAAUCCUGUAUCUUUAAACUGUACAGCAACUUCUUCAAAGAGUUUUAAGUAUGCUUGGCAAUUUAAUGGAGCGAAAUUGUAUGGCGAUGCCAGAAUAUCUAUAAAAAAAGAUGGAACUUUAGAGUUUACAAAAACUGAACCUAACGACGAUGGAGAAUAUGUUUGUGUAGCAAGAUUAACAGAUGGAUCUAAAAUAAGAAAGAAAAGUCGAAAAGCAUCACUAACAGUUCAAAGUAUAUGUUCAGCUUCAUCAAUAGCCACCAGUCCAGAUAGAUCCCAACAUACUACUGACGCACAGAUAGAUAUGACUUGUAAAUGCUCCAAUUCAAAUCCAAGUCCUACUAUAACAUGGUUCAAAGAUGACUCCAAACUUGUAGAUGGUGGCRGUGUUAGUAUAUCUGGUAACAAACUAGUUAUUGCCAAGCUUAAAAUUUCUGACUCUGGAAAUUACAAGUGUAAUGCUAGCAAUAUUCUUGGGUCAAAAGAAAGUCCAGUCAAGACYAUUCAAGUUCUCAAUGCAGUUCGUCCAGCUUUUGAGCCAAAACCACUUUCAAAAAUUUUUGCUAAAAAAGGUGAAGAUGUUAAAAUUGAUUGUAAAGCUACUGGCAAGCCAACACCUGCAAUAAAAUGGUUUCAUGGUUCACAAAUUCUGUCUAGCAAUUCCAAGCACACUCUGGGGAGUGAUGGAUCCUUGAAAAUCAUCAAAGUUGAUAAUUAUGAUUUUGAAAAAUAUAAAUGCGAAGCAAGUAACUUUCUGGGAACAGUAACUGCUGAAGUGUCUGUAACUGAAGCAUAUAUAGACAAUUUUAGCUUCAAUCCAGAGGUACAAUAUGCUGAAGUUGGUGAAGAGUUUACAGUGUCAUGUUAUCCUCGCGGUGGACCAAAACCAACAAUCACUUGGCAGACAGUUAAAGGAGAUMCUAUCCCRUCAUCCUAUGUGGCAAACAAUGAAGAACUCAAAAAUCAAAAAGUGAAGCUGUCAGACAGUGCAAACUUUACAUGUGUAGCUAAGAAUAAAGUUGGAACCAAGUCAGCAAACGUUCGAGUUAUUGCUGCAGAGUUGCCCUAUUUUACUAGCCAUCCUAGAGACACAGUUGCCAAUGAGAAAGGCAAGAUUAAACUUGGAUGCUCUGUUACCACCUCACUGCCAUACAAAGUCACUUGGAGUAAAAAUAAUCUACCAGUUGAACUUGAUAGCAAUCAUAAGAUAAACAGCCAAAAUGCUUUAGUUUUUAAGAAGGUAUCCCAAAAGGAUAAAGGUGUAUACCAGUGUAUUGUGAAGACUGAUGCCAGGGCCAUUCAGAGUAGAACUGCUAAUCUAACAGUGAAUGCUGCUGUUUCACUUGCAAAUUACAACAUGAACCAUCAUAAGUUUAACAUGGGAACAGAGGCAAGAAUUUACUGCAGCUUUAAAGGUGCUGGACCAAUUGCUGUCAAGUGGCGAAAAAAAGGGAAGACGUCSUUGGGGAAGAAUGUGAUUGCUAAAGGGGAGAAGCUGACCAUUAAGAACAUUGGUAUGGACGACGGGGGAAUAUACGUGUGCACCGGUUCAAACUCUUUCAGUAACGACAGUGCUGGUGUCAAUAUAUCCGUAUACAUUUACCCAAAGUUUGUUGUGAAACCAAACAAUGUCACCGCUGAGGAGUUUGGAUCCUUCUGGGUUCAUUGUAAUGCCACAGGGUACCCAAAACCGAAGAUCACGUUCUCAAAAGAGGCCCUUGGUGGAGACAAUCUACCCUCAAGAUUCCGCCAGUUCGAAAAUGGCUCAAUGUACAUCGAAAAGAUCCUUCCAGAAGACAGAGGMAACUACUAUUGUAUUGCAGCCAAUACUGCCAAUUUGAACCAGGUCACUUUCUCACUAAGGGUGAUUGUACCACCUGCAACAAAUGCAGGCUCCAAGGAAUCUACAAUGGGUCGCACUAUCGCAAUCGCCGUUGGUUGUGCUGCUGCUUACAUAGUCCUUGUGGUUGGACUGAUGAUUUAUUGUAAAAGAAGAAGAGCAAAGCAGCAAAAGAAAGAGCAAGUGCACUUGGACGGUGACGCUGACCACUGCGAAGCGGAUCCUGAAAUGCCACUUCAACCAAUCAACGGAAAGCCGRCCAACUACAACAAGAUGGAAUUCCCGCGUCACGACCUUGAGGCGCUACGUACAUUGGGAAAUGGCUCAUACGGGCGUGCAUUCCUGUCUCGGGCGAGCGGGAUAAAAGAYGGUGAACGCGAAACCAUGGUCGUGGUGAAAUCGUUGAUGUCCACAGAUGAGAUCCAAAAAGAAGACUUCUGGAGGGAGCUGAAUGCAUUGGUUAAGAUGGACAGCCCUUAUGUCAUGGCGCUUUUGGGUGUCUGUAGAGAUAUCGCUCCACAAUACAUGAUCUUUGAAUAUCUUGAGAAGGGUGAUUUGAAGCAGUACCUUCUCUCCUGCUAUGACAAUGGACGAAGCACUCUUACAUCGAGCCAAAAACUCUCCUUGUGUUCCAAUGUCGUCUCCGGUAUGGCGUACUUGUCGUGCAACAACUUCGUCCACAAAGACGUGGCAGCAAGGAAUUGUAUGGUCACUAAGGACUUACAAGUUAAAAUCGGCUUCUUGAGUUUAAGCUACGACUUGUACAGCAGUGAAUAUUUCCGYUUUAAUAACAUGCUAAUCCCACUGAGAUGGAUGGCUCCAGAGGCCAUAUUCAACGAUGAAUUUUCCGAAAAGAGCGAUGUAUGGUCGUAUGGAGUACUGGUCUGGGAGAUAUACACCCUGGGGCAGAACCCGUUCGAUGAUCGUCAGGAUGAAGAGGUAUUAAAGUGUAUCAAGGAAGAUUUGCGUCUUUCCAAGCCCGAUAAUUGUCCAGAUACUAUGGCAAACGUCAUGAAAAAGUGCUGGGAUGCAAACCCGGAAGACAGGCCAUCGUUUGACAAACUUUAUGCUGAGAUUUCUGAAAUAGCUGUAGAUACACAUCUUUGAGGAAAAACGCUAAAAUUCCGGCUGCUUUCGCUUACUCUUUCAAGUCAGAAGUCGAGAAAUGUCAUCAACGAAGUUAAGUAAGACUUYGUCASUUCCACGAGGGGGACUGGAUGUGAUGCAUGACUGAUGACGUUCAGGAUAAUGUUAACUCUCUUUAAAGAAAGAACAACGUGCAUCGGAGAACCUUUGCUUUGCGUUUGUUUUGUUUUACGCAAAGGUAAUCACGCAAAGGUUCUGUGAUGCACGUAGGCCGUUAAAUUUGAAAACGUUUGCCGAAAAACCACAUAAAGUAUUUUAGAAUUUACAAACAGGAAUCAAAUUAAAUUAUCUCAGAAAUAACCGACAGAGAAGCAAAAAGCAGAAACAAGUUAUUUCGAAAGUGCUGUUAACUACCUAAGUGAUUUGUGUACAGAUAGUUCUUCUCUCGAAAUUAAUUGCUUGAAAUCUACUGUUGAGAAUUUUUUAACUUUGGAUUUUGUUACCACGCCGUCACGGCCGUUGUUUCUUUGCUUCAGUUUUUGUUAAAAUAUUUUGGCUCCUUUUGUUUGCAGARUUGUUAUUUUUUUGAAACAGAUUUUAGCGCAGUCAACUAACUCCAGAAAAAUCUAUUUUAUUUUAAGCAUGUUGAAAAACUGAAAUUUAUAUUGUUUUUACCAUGAAUUGGGAUGUCUAGACUUAGUGGGGUAGGGUAGGGAGGCUAUAAUUGUCUAUCAUUAGCUUGCUGAGUAAAAUGGAACAUCUAGUCACUGAUACAAAGACAUUGCAAAAAAUGCUUGGCUUCAAUAGAUACAUACCUACGUGGCGGCCAUUUUGAAUUGAUUUACUACAAGUCAUUAGGAAAAUUGUAGGAAGAUGGAAAAAAAUUAUCAUAAACUUAGUAGCUCAGCUCAAUGCAGCUUUAUUUAUAAUUGAAAAUGCUGGAAUUUCGUAUCAGAUAAGUGAAAUCCACGUAGUUGUGGCAUUUGUACGAUUUUCCCUUUAUAAUAAGAUAAUAAGGCCGCCAUUUGGGUACUAUAUCUUAUAUGUGCAUGUACCUUGUAUGACGUCAUGAAGUAGAUUUCAUAGCUACAUGAAAACGUAUGUCACAAGUGUUUGUAUAAUUCAGCUUAAACAAAUGACCACGUCAUAUUUUUGGAAAACUUAGAAAUCCCAUCUUAUCGCAAAGAUUAGGCUUUGUGAUGUUUGAAUGUAGAUAGAUUUUCCGGCUUGUGAAUGAAAACCUGUAUAAAAGCUGAAAGUUUUAUUUCAUGAUAGGAUUUUGGUAGCUAGAAUAAUAAUUCUUAAUGUAUUUUAUCGAAAUAACAAUUGUAAGAGCGAAUACUGGUAUGUCUAUAAAGUAUGGUUGCCUAUUCAGGACACUAGUUGUUUAUAUCUCAGCUACUACCCAGGAAUUAAUAGUCCGCACUUCGCAAAAAUAGUUAACCGAGACUGAAAUCAUUGAAGAAAAGUUGUUCGUAAAAGUUGUAGUUGUCAAGUAGUUUCAAUUUUUGGACAGUAGUGAUGGUUUACCAAGAAGAGAUUCYAGUGCAAUGGUGAAAUUACACAUUUAAUGUUACGCAUGCUCGUAAAAGGCUCUUGCGCUUGUCUUCCGCAUGAUGCACUUUUGGUGGAGUGUUAAGACGAGCAAAUGAGCAGUCUUGAACAAUUGUGUUGCAUGUGCUUGUAAGAUAUUACCGAAACUUUUUAGACUGGUUAUCUGUCUCAGUUCUAGCCUUCACAAUUAAUCUAAAUCUGCCCGCGAAGGGUGGUGAACCAGGCGUAUCUAGUUAGUUAUUUUAUGUAUUCUAUUAAAGAGUGUACGAUAGAAGUAAA